AUGUCUCAAUCUCUUAAGCCUUACUUGACUGCUGUCAGAUCGUCGUUGACCGCCGCUAUAUGCUUGGAAGACUUUUCAUCCCAAAUAGUGGAAAGACACAAUCGUCCAGAAAUAGAAGUCGAUAACACUCAUACGCCUGAACUUAUAUUAAACCCAAUGAUAAUAGCCAGAAAUGAGAACGAAAAGAUUCUUAUUGAGCCUUCCAUAAACUCCGUCAGAGUGUCGAUCAAAAUCAAGCAGGCUGACGAAAUCGAACAAAUUUUGGUUCACAAGUUCACCAGAUUCUUGACAUCUAGAGCUGAGAACUUCUUUAUCUUGAGAAGAGUACCCAUCAAGGGAUACGACAUUUCCUUCUUGAUCACCAACUUCCACACUGAGCAGAUGUUGAAGGAUAAGUUGGUUGACUUCAUUAUUGAGUUUAUGGAAGACGUUGAUAAGGAGAUCAGUGAAAUGAAGUUGUUUUUGAACGCCAGGGCCAGAGUUAUUGCUGAAGCAUACUUGACUCCGUUUGAUUAG